GAUCUCAUCUAGCACUUGGCUACACUCUCACAAUGGCUGCCAUUAAGCUUGUGUCACUUAGCUUGGUUGUGCUGCUGAGCAUUGGGUUAGCCAGCGCCACUAGGGUAGUUAGAUACGCCAGCUCCACGGGGACAGGCUCGGGAGUGGGGAAUGGUGGUGGCACUGUGAACGGUAGCGGUGGAGGGACUGGGAGUGGCAAUGGGAAUGCCUACAGUGGUAGUAGUGGAGCCCAUGCAAAUGCGGGAGGGGGCGGUAGCGGGGGUGGUGCGUCGCAGGAUGGCGGCACCGGACAUGGCGCUGGGUCCGGCGACGGCUCAAGCUCUAGCUAUACGAGCGACGGAAGAUAUACCUAUGGUGGUGAUUCUUAUGCAGGCGGUAAUGGUGCCGGCAGCGGCGGCGGACAGGCAGCGGGCCCUGGUUCCAGCGGUUACGGAGCCGGUGGUGGUGCUGGUUCUGGCUCUAGCGCGGCAAGUGGUGGCUGGUACCCCUAUGCGAAUGCCAAUGCUAAUGGUAACGGUGGAGGCACAGGAACUGGUCAGAACGGCGGCGGCGGUGGCGGCACAGGAGGUGGCAGCGGUAAUGCUGGUGCAUACCCUUAAGUUAUCUUUAUCUAUGUGAUAGAUCUGAAGAUGGAGCCCAGACUUUUAUGUUUUUUCUUUCUUUCUGUUUGCACCUUGUGGCCCCGUUAGUUUGCGGCGUUUAAGUUCUUGUAUGAUUUUUCAUGUAUACUAGUAGUAUGGAUGAAUCAAUAAUGGGCCCCAUCAACUUGUGUUAUUACUCUUCGCUACCUUGGAAUUUCAAUUCAUGUUUCUUGUCUC